GAGUCAUUUUCAGCCUCAAAACCACCCGCUUGGAACACAAGUCGUGAAGAAAAAAUUUCCCGAGAUGCAUUUGGAGGUGAGGAGUGAAUUUCUAUGGAUAAUUUGUCAUCUUACUGUUUACGAGGUCCGCAGUUGACAGUACUCGUAUAAUGUUUACAAAAUUAGCUUGGUUACAAAAAUCUCCUUUUUUUCAAUUUGCGUUUUAAGAAUUGGACAAAUCACUAAUAUAUUUUUUUCUACCUGCUGCGAGGCAAGAGAAUGAACAGGGACAAUUUUUAUCGCCUUCCAUAAUGAAGAGAUCGAUUGAAAUUCUGCUUGAGUACAAUAAAUUAAUUUAUAUAUAAUCAGGUACAAGGGCGCCAUUAAUAUAAUUAUAAAUAUUGAUAGAUGAUGAGAAAUCACAGCGGCCGUAUUGGUUACCAAAACAAUAGCAUGGCGGUCAUUUUGCUGUGCAGGUCAGUCUCGUGGGAUUUGAACUGUUUUCUGAAAUGAACAAUAUCUUUUGCUCAGCACGUGACAGAAAACGUCUCAUAGCAGAAUUUAACGGUGGCUCAUGUUCAGAGUUGCUCUAUGUUUCAGGCCUUCAGUGUCUUCAAUGUCGACUUUCUUAUAUUUUGGCACCUUGACACAAUGUUUUUGAAAUACUCUUUGUGAAUCACUCUUGGUAUUUUUUUGUUAUUUUUUUUUUUAUCUAGAUUCCAAUGAAGGUAUUGCAGCAAUAUUUCACUCAUUUUGUGUUUCACGGGAAAGAAUGAAAUUUCCAACAAAACCUCCAAAAUCACCUGAGAAGGACGCAUAUCCCCUUGAAAACAUCUCAUCAACUCAAACUAAAAGUAAGUGGUGUUUUGUUCACAUUUUUCUUUCAAUAUUUGCAACUUUCCUUAUCAUUGUUGCUUUCGUAUUUUGUUUCGUCUUCUGUGGAUCUCUUGGAUUACAUCAAUGUUUUAAAACUGAUAAGAUCUGAGGAUCAGAUUUAAAUACACGCCCAUGACUAAUACUUUUCCUUUAUUUCAUUUUUCUUUUCUUUACUCACAUCAACAUUUCCCAAUAAGAUGUACAAUAUAAAAUAUCUUGCAUAAAAUCGAUAUGAUAUUUCUAUUUUAAAACCUAUAUAUUUAAUUUAUUGAUGAAUCAUUGUUUCAUUUUAUUCCACGGCACACUAGGCUUCAAACCAGAGAGCUCCGAGGGACAAUGUAAUUCAGAUGAUCAAGCUACUUCAUUGACUCAAGAGAUGAAACGUAACUGGCUUUUCUUCUAA